ACAAAGUCUCUUGCUCUCUCUCUCUCUUGCGCACAAGUCAUCGACUGAUACUUCUGAUCAGUCUUCCUUCCCGUCCUGUGGCAAAAUGGGGUGCAAGUCAUCUGACAAGCCAAAGCUAAAGCCAAAGCACAGGAAAGGCUUGUGGUCACCUGAAGAAGAUCAAAGGCUCAGAAACUAUGUCCUUAAACAUGGCCAUGGAUGUUGGAGCUCUGUCCCCAUUAAUGCUGGCUUGCAGAGGAAUGGGAAGAGCUGCAGACUAAGAUGGAUUAAUUACUUGAGACCAGGAUUAAAAAGAGGGAUGUUUUCUGCACAAGAAGAGGAGACAAUCCUGGCCCUUCAUCACAUGUUAGGCAACAAGUGGUCUCAGAUAGCACAGCAUUUGCCUGGAAGAACGGAUAAUGAGAUAAAGAAUCAUUGGCAUUCCUAUUUGAAGAAAAAUUUGCUCAAAGACGAAGGGAUGGAGUCUUUGAAAAGAACAAAAUCUGACAGCUCAAACUCAGACAUUAUGGAACUUUCACCAUCUCCCAAGAGACUCAAAAUGCAAGCUUCAAGUUUUGAGUCAUCAAUGAGUGCAGAAAAACCAUCAGCUGAUAUCAACCGGUCAGUUCCGCAGAUGUUUGAGUCUCCUAACAAACCUAAAGGAAGCUCCUUAUUACCAAAGGUUAUGUUUGCAGAGUGGCUUUCACUUGAAAGCUUCGCGAGUUUAGGUGAGCCUAUGGAUUCAAAGAGUACACUUGAUCAUAAUACAAUCUUCCAAGACAAUUUCUUGCAUGAUUACUUACUGGAUGAAAGAGCAUUUGGUGGUGAGUAUCAUAAUUCACUAAGCGAUGGUUCGAGCGGCGACAUUUUUAGUUCGGAAUUCAAGUUUGAGAGCCAGAGUCCAGGGAAUGAGUUUGAUUUUAGCUCUGCAGAGGAUUUAUGUAGUGACUUCAACUUGAGCAACAUUAGUGAUGUGAUGUACAUAUGAGGGCUUGGUUUCCAAAAGCAACUACGAGGAAGAAUAAUUUCCGAUCAUACAACAACAGGAAAAAAAAAAAAAAAAGAUUGACUCUCAAAUAAAAGGGCCUGCCGAAAAAAAAAAUCGUAGCUAACUAGGCCCGUUUCAGUUCUUUUCACAAAACCAGGUGUAUAGGUGAUGAAAUAGGCUUUAGUAAUCAGUUGAGUUUGUGGUUAUUCUUCCGUGUAGUUGCUUUCGGAGACAUAUAAGAAUAAAGAAUCUGUCAAUUUCUUGUC